AUGCUUUCGACCGUCCUUGUGGCCAUCGCAAUCGCGGGUCAUGCCGAGUCGGCCAUGGACCAUUUGCAGCUUCUGCAGCAGAAGGUGAUCCUGGCUCCAGAAAAGCAAUGGAAGCGCUUGCGCGGUGCUGAACCGCUAAAUUGGAUCCACUUCCCGAAGCUAGGCCCAUUGGGAUGUUGUCAGCAGCAGUGCAACACGGACUACUUCUUAUGUGCUAGACCGCACCAUCCGGUUGGCAAUUACUCCAGCCAGGAAGGCCAUUUGGUCGGCAUGUUCCGAGAUCCCGACCAGCGAAUCCUCUCGGGCUACCAGGGGCCUUUCUCGCGCCCCACUAACAAUACCGACUACAUAAAAGUUGUUAUUGAAGGGGUUUGUGAUCGUGCGGCAAUGGCAAGAAUCAUGUCUUUGCCUCAAAGGCCCAUUCAUGAUUUUGCUGAGUCGUGGAAAGGUGGUAUGACAUAUCAGCUGCUGGCACCUUCAGAUGCACAUAUGAUGGACCCAACCCGAAGAAAGAUGACGCGGGAAGAUGCAGUGGAGGCAGCUCGAAGAGUGACGGAAGGCUUUGCCUUUGUGGGCAUCACAGAAGAGUGGGACUUGUCAAUGUGUCUUUUUCACAAGACCUUCGGGGGAACUUGUAGGGCCUCAGACUUCGCAAACACACGGCCCACUUUUGCAGGGAAGUCUGCGCACACGAACUAUGACACGUCUCAGCUCGUGGGCUGGCAUGACGACAUUGAUGAAAUAGUCUACACGGCGGCCCUGAAGGUCUUCCACAAGAACCUGAUCCUACUUAAUGUGUCUCAUGACACCUGCCAGGACUGCUACAGAAGUGCAGGGCGAGGAGGUCUUACUUGA